AUGGCGCGCUUGAACGAGCCGCCGGUUGCUCCUCAGCCGUCGGCCGACAACAUGGAAGUUGUCAAGCGUCGCUUUCUGCGGCAGAACCGCGAGCUUGCCAAGACCAACUCACAGCAGUCGAUGCGCAUCCGCACCCUCGAAAGCGACUGCUCACGCCUCCUCGCCGAGAACCUGGCCCUCCGCGAACGCGCCAUGCACCUCCAGCACACAGUCGACAAGCACGCCAGCAGCCUGUCGUUCGAAAGCAUCGACGCAGUCAAGUCGCAGUUGGAGGCCAAGAUGCAGGAGCUCGGGAGCCUGGUGGCUUCGCUGGGACAGCCGCGGCAGGGCGAGCAACGGCGCAAGAGCCAGCCGUUGGCACGGCACCGACCGCAGGAGAGGCUGUUCAGGAGCGGGCUGUGCAUCCAGGAAGUCGAGGACCGCAUGAUGCCCACCAUUGACGAAGGCAAAGGCUACCCGCGACGCACCAUGAAUGCAGAUGAGAUCCGGAACAUGCUGGAAGACCCCGAGAGCCAGUCGCCGGACAUUGGCCCUCCACCCACGUCGAGCUUUGAAGCCGAGGAGCCUAUCGCAUUCGAUCCUAAUCCUUCCCCAGACGAACCCAUGCAAGAUGUCGCGGCAGAAGACGAGCCUGCGUUGCCAAUGCAUCUAGAAACGCGGAAGAAGCGCAGAGAAAGCGGGCCUAAGCUGAACAUCCGUCGUAUAUCUGUCUUCGAAUCGCCUGAAGAGACCAUGGAGAAGACGGCCAAGCCUGUGCGCACUGGAGCUAAGAGGAAGUUCAGUGUACAGGAGGACGAAGACCGACCACAAGCACAGGACGAGCAGUUCAGCUCCAAUCGCAGAAAUUCGCACCAACCAGAGACAGAUGCAGCGGGCGAGGAGUCUAGAGCUGUAAUGCCAGUGCGGCCAAUCCUCAGCAGCAAACCUGUCAACACCGACCCAUUGCUUUCUCCCAAGAAACAACGGUCGUCUAUGAAAGAGCAGGACAAACCACAGAAGAAGAAGCUGCCCAGCGUAAACCCUCGUGGACGCCAACGUCUUGCAGUCACUCGAACCAUCACCCCGCCUGAGCUCCCAUUGCUAUCAGCCCCCGAGCCUGUUCCUGUUGCUGAGAUCAAUCUCGACUCUCUUCCUCCAAAGACGCCUGCAGCAGACGCCGUCUUCUCUCCACCCUCCACAGAGCCUUCAGCAUCGCGGCCAGACAACAAGGACACUCCUCCGCCGGGCGACGUCAGCUCAGGAAACCAGACAGGACAGGCCGGACGACCUUCACGAAGAGCACGCCCACAAGUCAGCUACAAAGAGCCAAGUCUGGCCGUUAAAAUGCGCCGUGAUGGCAAAAUGGCAGACGCUAUUGUACCUCAAUCAGAGAGGCGGACGAGCGUGGAGGUGCAGUUGGCGCCUCUUACAACAGGGCGAGUGCCGAUCAAACGUGAGAUGGGAGAGGAAGAGGCCGAGGUUGGCAGUCCACUGCGACAGAAGCUCGAUAGACGUGACAACGCUUCGCCACCCAAGCUGUCUCAGUCGAACACAUCCACAACAUCCAGGGCCAUCUCGGCCCUGAUCGACGAGACGAGUACAGCAAGACGAAGAGUGUCUUCAAAUUUUGUCAAGAAAACUGCAGACGAGCCAACGUCCGAGUCAGUUGAAUUCAGCGCGCCACAAGAACCCAUCGUAAAGGAAGAGGUAGCCGAGAAGGACAACCUCGCCAUCUUUGACUUCACGGAGUCCUCGCCCGUGGACGCUGCACGCCCACGCACCACCGAUCUUGCCAGUGUAGCGCGCAGCGCUCGACGACACUCAUCCGUGCCCGCCUUGGCUACCAGCGAGUCUGAAAAGCCAGAAGGCACACUUCCCUCCCUGCACAAGCGCACGGGAAGUGGGACAAUCAAGAGUGGAGGCGCCACCAGCGUGGCAAAGAGCACGUCAGCCGCACGACUGAAUGCCAAGAAAGUGUCUGCACCAGUGUCCACAAGUGCAAGGGGCGAUGGUGCGGCAGCAGCAGCAGCAGCAGUCGAUGCCGAGAAGGCGAGUGUGACAAGCACACUCAGGGCGGAGAGGAUAGCUAGUCGAAGGAAGAGCAUGAUGCUCUAG